AACAUGGGAACACAAUCAGCUUUCUUCUGCGAGUUGGCGUGGUUUUGUUCAGCGGAAAAAGCAGCCACCAAGAUUUCGAGAUGUUAGGGUUGGUAAUUAAUUCAGCUUGUACGGUUUGAAAGAACCCCAGAUCAUUAUAAAAUGUCAGCGCAUUCGGCUGCCUUGAGGCCUGUUGGCUGUGGCUAGCAUGUUUGAUCAAGAGAGUGCAGACGCAGUACCAUCGCCAUCACCAUCACUCCAGUUUUUCUUUGCAAACAAUUUCAGACAAUGAACCGAUCUCAAUAACAAAAAAAAAAGAACAAGAAAAUAAAGAAAGACACAAAUCUCUCUCACACCCAUACAAAACAUGGGCUUCACCAUGGCCAGCGACCGUCUGCGCAUGCACGUGGAGCGGCGCGACCUGUACACCAACCUCGAGGCGCGCAUCAACUACCUCCACAGCUUUCUUGACUUUAGCAGCCGCGACAUCGAGGCCCUGGUGUCGGGCGCAAAGUACGUCCGCGCCCUGAUUCCGGCUGUGGUCAACAUAGUAUAUAAAAAGUUGUUGCGAUAUGACAUAACGGCUCGUGCGUUCACCACCAGGAGUACCAGCUUCGAGGGGCCGAUGGAUGAGUAUCCGGACGAGGAUAGCCCGCAGAUCCAGCACCGAAAGGUGUUUUUGCGCGCGUACCUGUCAAAGUUGUGUUCGGAUCCGUCGCAGAUGGAGUUUUGGGAGUAUUUGGACAAGGUUGGCAUGAUGCACGUCGGGCUUGGAAGAGCCCACCCUCUCCACGUCGAAUACGUGCACCUAGGCGUCUGUCUCGCAUUCAUCCAGGACAUUAUGAGCGAAGCCAUCCUCUCCCACCCGCGCAUGGCGAUGCAAAACAAGAUCGCACUGGUCAAGGCCCUGGGCAAGGUCAUAUGGAUCCAGAACGACCUUAUGGCAAAGUGGCAGGUCCGCGACGGCGCCGAGUUCCACGCCGGUGCCGACUCGGAGGAUGACAUAGUGAUUGAGAAGGAGGGAUACCUGCACGGCAAAAAGAUCCUGGACGAAGACGACGACGUCCCCGAGGCGGUCAGCCCUGCCUCUUCUACAUCUUCGCAGCACACCCUCACGCCGCCGAGGAGCCUCUUGUCGCCCUUGUCGCCCACGACGUGCAUGCCGAAGAGGUCGACGGGGAGCGAAGGGGCUGGGGCUUCUUGUCCUUUUAGCGGCAGGCAGAUCAACGACCCGAGUACGCCAGAGAAGCGAAAACCUGAUAUCAAGAUUGAGGUCAGCGCGCCUACCACUUUUGCUGGGUCGAUGCAGAGUCUCAGUGGUGUUGCAUUGUCAGGGAGGACGGAAUCUACUUGAGUUAUAAUGCCUAUUUUGAGACGGAAGAAAUCAAAGCGUCAAGAUCAGAGUCGUAUAUGCUUCAAGCCACUGCAAACAUUUUGAAGAGGUGUGUACUGACUAUGUUAUUUUGCUUUAUAAGGCAAGCAUGCCUAUUAUACGGACUGCAUGAACUGCACUGCAAACCUGUGAGAGCCCCUUUGCCCGAGUGACAGACGUUCAAAUACAUGCUUAAAUUUCUAUAUAUAUGUAGAUAUUGGAACAGAAACAAUUUA